AUGGUGGCCAAAAUUGAAAAGUUGCAAGACUUGGUCCAGGCUUGGAAUGGCUGGGAUGCAGAGCCUCAAUCUCACCACCACCAGCAACAACAGCAUGUGUUUACAGGACUGAAUCCAACAGCAACAGCUUUUGUGGCAACAGGGUGCUUGGAAUCAGCAAGUGGUGCAAGUGGGGGUGCUGGUGGGGGUGCAUCUCAGCAACAACAGCAGCAGCAGUUUUUUGGGCACUCAGCCAUCAUGCAGUCAUCUGCUGUGGCUUCCCAUCAUCAUCACCAAAGUCUGCAUCAUCAUCCUCAUCCCCAGCUUUCUUACCAUGCAGGGGAGAUUACGAACAGUGAGCCAUCAGCGAGGAAUUCGCCAGCAGGCAGCCAUGACAGCCGGCACAGCAAUAAAACCGUGGUCGCGGGGAGCAACAAUAAGACGCCCAGCACCAACAGUCCAUCGAGCCUCAAUAAGACGGAUAAAUGAUGUUUCAGCUUCUUUUUUCUGCAUGUUCGUGUUCUCAUGUAUUCUCUCUUCCCUUCCCCUUAAUUGAGGACAAUCAAUCCAUACAGCAGUAGUCUGUAUACGUAGUGCGUGACUUCAUUUCCCUCUUUUUCCCGCCCUGCUGGUAACUCAUGAUCUCAAAACAGGCGAUGAUGAUGUACUGUAUACUGACCUGAUAGUUUCCUUGUUCUCAUUCUCUGACGAUUUCUUAAUUUAUAGAUGAGCUGCGCAGAUGGAUGAGUUAUUCUCAUGACACUGACAUUACAGGUUUCAAAUUUUCAGUGUGCAUGUGACUGAAGGUUUUAAUGCCCGGUGAUUACUUGCGUCCUUCUCAAUGCGGAGCAAACGUCGUAGCUUACAAAAAUAUGUUAACACACUCACGGACAGAAACGGUGAAAGCAGGAGACCAUGGAGAUAAAACAUAGAGAGAGGGAGAGUGUGUUGAGGAAUUUGGAAAAAGGAGAGACUUAAGAAGGACGUUGAGAGGUUUUUUUAGAGAGAGAGUGAGCUUAUUUUUGAUCCUUGGUUGUUGUUGCAUGCUUCAUCCUUCUCACCUCGUAACUCCUGAGAUACUUCUUGUCCAUCUCUUGAGCCAGAGUGUGCAAAUCGACGCCAUACGCUGGCUUAACAACGGCCUAUAGUCUCGCCAACAGUCUAGUCUCUCAAGAAUAGUACCUUGCAUGUCUGUGAGUGAGACGACUUGGAGAAAAUAAAUGUCCUGCUGAGUUUCCAUCCACA